GGAAGAAAGUCAAACUUGUUUGGAAAAAUACGAGGGAGAGGAAAUGAUGAUGAGUUUUCUGUUUUGGGUGAACUACCCCUUCCUGAUCUGUGAAUGUAGGAACUAGAUUCAAUGAAGGAUGACAGUGAAACACUGAAUGACCCUGUUAUCCUGAAAGCAGGAAUCCUGACAGGACAGCACAUUACUGAUACUCGUCACAACUCCCGGAUAAAUUCACAUUACUGUGGCAGCAGACACUUAUUUACUAAUUAUUUAUUCAGCUAGUCUUCUAUCUAAAGAGUCAAUCAGUCUUAUUAAAGGUUCAGUUGUCAAAGAGUAACCUGAGGUUCAGUGAUGAAGGGCACAGUAAUGAUAUUGUAUUCACAAAUCAACCCUGCUGGGGUUUGAACUAGCUCAGAUGUUUGAAAACUAGACAACAUCAUUAGUUACAGUCAUCUGGGCACCAGGAGAUUGUCACACAUGGUUAAUUUAACUGACAGCAGUUUUACAAAUCCUGUCUGAUGCAAAAGAAAUAACUUUCAGACCUCAUAGGGGCUGUAAACACCGAACUGAAUCAAUGAACAUCUCAGGGCCUCAUUUAGUGAAAAAUGGACUCAAUUUUAAGCCGUUUCUCAAAACCUAGUGAGCCGUCUACUGCAAGACAGCAAUUUUAAGAAUCAUGAACACGUUAUCAUAAGCACGCCAACAGCAUUUUAGCAGUUUUUUUAUGAGUUCUGAGUCAGCAGCAUUUUUUAGUUGCCUACCUAGACAGAUAAGAUAAUAACUAGGUUUUGAGACAAUAAUACAUAAAUAUGCCAUCUAUAAAGGCAGCUAAUAAGGAGGCAGCACACUUUGUACAGGGCUCUACAGUGCGAGUAUUUCACUCGCAUUUGCCCCUAAAAUUAGAUAUGUGCGAACCGGAAAAAUUAUUUACGAGCACACAGUGUGCGAUUAAAGAUUACAACCUACCAUAAUCUAUUCCCCCCCCCCCCCAAUGCUAAUUGUUUAAAAAUGACAAGACCCACAUUCCACAAGUGGCAUGCGCCAACCACAGUAGAGUUUUCUGUGAUGACGCAGUCCAGUCAGCGAGAGAAAGAAACAACACUGGAAAAAAGUAUCAGUAUAGGCUAUAAGUUAACAUGCAGACAUAGCUAAAAAUGAAGACCAUUCAAUUUUAUUUUAAGCGAAAAAGAGACGAGGAGAAAGAGGAAUCUGGCGAGGGGGAUUCUCAAGGUUCAACUAAUGAAGCCUCUUCACAAUGUUUACCUGAGGUGGCUAACGUUGACAUGGCGGCUAACGUUAGGGAUGCUGAGAACAACAUUAGCAAAUCUAGCCGGUGGAGGGAGAACAUAUAGAUUCAAUGCGAAUUGGCUCAAAAUGUUCCCAUGGCUAGAGUUUGAAAACAACGUCAUGUUCUGCAAAUAUUAUAGAAGGCAGAAACAGACAGGCAACUCGUCCUUCGUGUCAGGAAACCCGCAUCUGAAAAGAGAUAGCGUAGCGAAACAUAACAUCUCGCAGCGGCAUAUCCAGUGUAGAGAUCUGUACCUGUUGAGACAGGAGAAACCAUCAGGCAUGGUGUCAGCAGCCUUGAGGAAGCAAGUGCUGCUCUCUGAGGAGGAGAGGAGGCAGCUGAAAAUAAAGAUAAACAUUGCAUUCUUCAUUGCGAAAGAAGAACCUUUCGUCAAAUUUGGGCCGCUUAUCAGACUCCACCACAAAAAUGGAGUUGACAUUAAUCCCACAUACGACAAUGAUGUAAGAUGUGCGGAGACAACCGGUCAAAUUGCUGACAUAAUGAGAGAGAGCCUGUCAGCGAAGCUGAAAGCCACGAAAUAUCUUGCCGUUCUAAUAGACGGAGACACUGAUAUACCCAACACCGAAUGCGAGAUUGUCUACGUACGCUUGUUGGAGGAUGGGAAGCCAGUCAAUCUUCUGGUCGGACAACAGACCCUUGAGCACUCCCAUGCCAUUGGUAUUUUGGAUGCCACAUUUCAUGCUGUUUGCCCAGAGGAGGAUGGAGGGUCAUGGAUGAAGAAAUGCAUCUCCUUUCGGGGCAGAUGGUGCCUCCAUGAACAUGGGCCACCGUGGGGGAGUGAUUGCCCACCUGCAGAGAGAGGCAGGGGGGCAUAUAAUCCCAAUCCACUGUAGCCACAUAGACUAGAGCUGGCAAUACUGACCAUUCAGAAGAAAGAUCCAAAGGUGUCUGUCGUGUAUGAUCUUCUGAAUCUGAUAUGGAAGACGUAUCACUUCAGCAGAAAAUCCAAACGAGAGCUCUAUGUACUCGGGCAAGAGCUCGGUGUGGAUAUUUGCACACCGUCUAGCGUCAAGGGAACUCGCUGGAUCCCCCACGUCCACAGAGCCCUCAAAGUGCUCCUACGGCAUGUACAAGACAAGGACCUUGCCACUGACGAAGGCCAGUACUCCGUUGUUCUGCAGCACAUGGAGCACCUGGCCAUAGCAUCAACAACAGUGGAAGUUCAAGGGCGGGCAAACAAGAUAAAGCUGGAAAUGGAGAAUGCACUCUUUUGUGUAUUCUGCCAUUUUCUCUCAGAUAUGUUUGAGGAGCUAUCCUCACUUAGCCUCACCCUGCAAAGGAAUGACCUGAUCCUCCCCCAAGCCACAUCAGAAUUGAGGAAGACAGUGACCAGAGAAGAUUGAGAAGAUCCAGACCAUGCUUGCUCAGCAGCAGGGUGAUGAGAGGAGAUUCCAAGUGUGUUAGGAUGAGAGCUUGUUAGGAUGGGAAUCUGAAAGGCUUCACGGACCUCACCAAUUCCCAGCUGAAGCAGCACAUGGCGGCAGCCAUCAAUAUCGGCGUGGAUGAUCUCAAAGCCAGGUUUGGUGGUUUGCUGAAGGAUGAGGGUGUCCAGACCCCAGUGGAGUCUUUCAGAGUGCUAAACCCUGACACAUGGCCAGAAGACCAGGCCAGCCUUCUCACCUUUGGCGAUGAUGAUUGGGGUGCAACAUGGCUGCAAUCCAGGAUGAGUGGCAGGGGCUGAAAAUCCUGGUCAGCCACAAUUUCAAGGACAAGUCCUACAGUGGCCUGUGGGAGACCAUGUUGACAAAGGACCCCUAAAGGCAUGAUUACAAGAACAUACUGGAGUUGGUGCAGCUUAUGCUGGUGCUGCCCAUUUCAGCCGCCCAGUGUGAGUGAGGCUUCUCUGCGCAGAACCGGAUUAAGAAUUUGACAAGAAGCUGCCUUUUGGUCUCCACCACCAAAGACCUGAUGAGGAUCAGCCUGGAGGGGCCUUCUGUCGAGGAGUUCGUUCCCACUCCUGCCGUGGACCGUUGGCUGACCUCUAAGCCUGCCAGACAGCCAACAUACAAAAGUAGCUGGACAACUGAUAUCCUUUGCGUCUAGUAGGCAUGGGUCAAUGUGUGAUUUUGGUGGUAUGUGCUGUUCCACAGAUGUGUGUCCCUUAGUACACGCACACACAAAGUAUAAAUAUGUAUAUAAUAAAUUGUUUGUUAAUAAACUCUGCGUUACAUUUUUCACUGUGCUCCUAAAUUUCUUUGUGUGCUCCUACAUUUUUUCAUUUAGGAGCGUAUGUACUCCUUGGGAAAAAAGUUAGCGAAGUUAGCUGUUGUAGCCAGCCCACUCAAUUGUGAUGCUAUGAAGACCAAAAAUAUGUCUAGGUA